AUGAAGAAAGUGGUAUUGAAAUUGGACCUCCAUGAUGACAAGGGGAAACAAAAGGCCAUGAAAGCUGUUUCUGGCUUAUCAGGAAUUGAUUCCAUUGCCAUGGACAUGAAGGAGAAGAAAUUGACAGUAACUGGAGAUAUUGAUCCUGUUGAUGUGGUGAGCAAGUUAAGAAAAAUCUGGCACACAGAGAUUUUGACUGUUGGACCAGCGAAAGAGGAGAAGAAAGAUCAGGAUAAGAAAGAUGAAGACAAAAAAGGAGGCGCCAAGAAAGAUGAAGGCAAGAAGGAUGGUGAGAAAAAGAACCCAAAUGAACAACAGAUGGCCGAGCUUAUGACAUCUUACAAAAACUACUACAGUUACAGUCCCUACCCACCUCAUUAUCAUUACCGUGCGGUAAGUGCUGAGGAGAAUCCAAAUGCUUGUGCUAUAUGUUAG